GAAUUAGGCGUUGCCAAGGGCCCAGUAGUGUUCCUGGGCUCGGCGAGUUAGGGUUAUUUGCCGUGCAUGUGUUGGCACCACUGCGAGGCCUCGCUGAGGACUGUUCUCUGCUCGGCAGCGGCGAAAUCAUCUGACGACGUUCUGCUUUUGUUUGUCAAUAAGUUGUGUGGUGUGCGAGAUCGCGAAAAGUGGAAUGACGAGAAUGAUUCUUCAGACCAGUGUGUGAAAUGUUAUAGACGCGUACGCAGGAUAAUGAACCUGUCAAUGUGAACUGUUCGCCUAGUUGCACGCGCGUGAAAAGUGACUGUUCAGUGUCGAAAUCAAGCUGGUGUUCGUCGUCUGAGUGCGUCGGUGAAUGAAUACACGCAAAAGCGUCUGUCUCUUCCUCUUCGCCUUGGUCCCCAGAGCCAGCAGAGGAAAGCCCACUGACCAUGGCUGUGUUGAACGGCUUGCUGGGCAAGCUCUUGAAAUAUGCCAGGGGGACUCCAGACCAGAGUGCCUCGCGACCCCCAACUCGUGAGGAAAACCUUUCGAGAGCUUUGGGGAAAGUUGAGCCCUACGUCGUCUGGCUGCAGAGCAUCCUCAUUUGGGAGAACACCUCGUACACUCUGUUUGCCUAUGCCAUCUUCAAUUUUUUGUUUUGGUUCGUUGUUAGUUUAGACUUCAGGUUUUACUUCCUGCUCUUCACUACCACAUUGGUUGUGGUGGUUAUUGAAAUGUGGGUUGACAAAGUGUGGCCUGAAAUUCGUGUUCCCCAGCCUGCAGAGCAGGGGGACAACGAAGGAUGGACACCUCUUCACCCUGGUGUGCUGAGUGCUCCUGAGCUCAGUCACUACUUGAACAAAGCUAUGCAGUUUGUUCACAAUCAAUAUUUAUGGCUUCAUAGUUUAAGAAAUGAGCAGCCAGGGAUGUUUUGUGGUCUUAUGUCCAUUGGAUGCCUCAUCCUCAUGUGGAUUGGGCGAUCUAUCUCUGGAACAACCUUACUUUACAUCAUCUGCAUGUCUCUAUUAAUGAUCCCUGGAAUCUGCAUUCACGUCUUGCCCACUGCCUCUCAAGUGGACUGGCAGAGCCGCUUGCUGGGAUCAAAGGAUAAUGCAGGUGAUGAUGUGGAUGAAUACUUACCGGAACAGACCGGCUCAAAUAUGGUGCUUCUUGAAAAAGCUGUUGAGCCAGACCACUCGGACCACGAGGAUGAAGAUGACUUCAAUAUUCCUCCAGCUGAAUUGCUUCAUGUGGAGGACAUGACUGACUCAGGCGCCCCGUCACUUACUUUUAUUAGUGGAAUCACUGCCAUGCCAGCCCCAGAGGACCUUAGUCUGGAUGGCACUGACUUCAGUUUUGAGAUUCCGGUAACUGAAAAGAAGGCGUCGCCUUUAGCUCACCAAACCAAAAGAAAGAAUCAUACUUCAUCAUCAAUGAAUGUAGAUACUAACAGUUCUGAUAGUGAUGAAAGUAUUUCACUGCCAGAAAAUGAAAAUGUUGGGAUUCAUUUCCAAACCCGCCACUUUAAAAGAGAGAGCUCCUCUGAGGAAGAGAGCGGACCGCCCAGAAAUAAGAGGCCCAUGGAAGUUCCCAGAAAGAGUUCCUCUGGGUCUGUGGCCGAUGCUGCUGCAGCUGUGCUUUCCUACUCCUCAGCUGGGGCACUCAACCUUGCUUCACUUGGUGCUUCAAUGGGACAAAGUCUCAUAUCAUCUGUCAUAAGCAGUAAACCAGCCCAGAGUACUCGCUCUGUUCCUGUUAAGGAAGAAGUAGAAGAAGAUGACUCUUUUUCGGACACUGAUGGUUUUGAAAUGAUCUCUCAGGAUGAGUUUGCAAACUUGUAACACACUUGAGCAACCAUGUAGAGUCACUUGUAAAUGAGUGCAGGCUUUAAGUCAGUUCUUAUUGCUUACUGUUUGUGUUGCAUUACCGCUUUCAAGCCCAUGGUACUUUACGCUCGAGUCCAUUCAUAAUUUAUUUAAAAACAUUACCUUGUAGUAGAAUUGCAGUUGUUAUUUAGUCUCUCUUUUCAUUUUACCUGUGAUGAAAUGAUAUGGAAUUAAUUCUAUUUCAUAUCAUUAGCUGUUAUUUUAUUUUACCUUUUCCCCAAGUUGAUAAGCGGUAAUUGUGUUUGAAUGAGCCUGCUUACAUUGCACUUAAACUAGUUUUUAAUUUUACUUAAUGGCUAAGUGGUUUCUGCUUGGUAAUGCAAUCUACAGUUUUAGUGUAACUCCUUUUAAUUUUAGCUGGAAAAAUUUUGUAUGUCCUAAAUGCAUGUUUAAAUCUUUCAAACACUUGUAUCUUAUGAAAUUUGUGGGGAGUAGAUCCUCAUGUCAUUAUUACCAAUAACAUUUUACAUCCAAGCCAAGCAUUCAACAGAUUGUCUUUUUCUUUUCUAAACUGAAGCAGAUAUACAAGUGUAAUGUAAGAAAUUAACUUAAAAACCUCAGAAAAAAAUGUUAUAAAAUAGAAAACCAAUACAAUACAAUGUACCACUAAAGUGAUUGUGAGGUGACUUUUCAAGUUUUCUUUUUUGAAUCCAGAUAACCAGUGGAUUGCUUCUGUACCAUUCUUACAUGGUUUCACAAAAGAUAUUUAAAAAAAAGGGAAGCUUUAAGUUUUAUAGAUUUAUCAAAUAAGGAAGAGAAUGUUUUGAUUGUUUCUAUUUAAGCAGUGUGAUGUGAAUGGAUCGCCUAUCGUAUGAUGGCAUUCCAAUCCAAUGAAACUACCGCUUUACAUGUUUUGCACUUUGAUUCAACUAAACUUAAUGAUGACAAUAACCACAGGUUUUCUUCCACUUUGUUUUGUGAGUAUGUUUUUCCUUAGGACUGCUUCAAAUGUGAAUAAUGUACAUUGCUUUUAGUUGAUGACAAUGGAAAUAAUGUGAUCAUUUUUGUUUGCUUUUAUCACCGAUAGCCUGUGUUUUAUUAGAAAGCAUUUUCCAUUUGAAAAAAUGAUUCUGUCUGCCUUUUGGCUUACUACCCACCCACAUCAGCAUUGGUUUUUGUAAAUACUCCUUUGCUGUACUCCAUGAUGGAACAAGGUUAAUUUUUUGUCUUGCUUGUCCCUAGAAGGAGAGAUCUAAGUUCUGUGAUAGACUGCGCACUGAUUCCAAAUAACUACAUCCUAGUUGCUGUGCUUUAUCUUUUUUAUAUUCCAGUGGAAUCUGAGAUGUCACUGUGCACCUUACUGUUUGAUGUGUUUAAAACUAAUUUUUACAUGCUUGUGAUUUCGGUCAUUGAGUGUCAUGUUUUCAUUUCCUGUGGAUGGGACUCUUUACAUUGUGCACAGUACCCAAAUCUCAUGAUAACCUAGCAAAGCUUCCUUCUUCAGACAUUCUUUAAAUUAUUUUUCUAUCUUAUCAGGUGCAAAUUUAAAAUCUUUAUUUUGUUUAACAUUUGUUCACUCUUGACUAUUACACUUAAAAAGUUACUGGUCAUCCCUUUCUGCCCCAAGCUUAUUUUUCAGUGCCACCACAGGAAGCACUUUGUUUUGUUUCAACCACUGCUUUUGUUUUUAUUCCUUCUGUGAAUAAUAUCACUGGGAAAACAUGUUAACCUUGGGGUUGGCUUUUUAUUUGAGAACUCCUAGUUUGGUGCUUUUGGUUGUGUGACAAGUAUGAGGAGUAGCCUAUACAUGUCUUUUCUGUGCAUUAAGAAAUUAAGGCACUUAAUCUCAAGUAAGGCAUUAUUGACUUCUCACUAUUUAUGUUGCCAGUCCAUGUGUAAUUUUGUGCCAUCAAAAUGUAAUCUUGAUUCUAUUUAGAUUUGCCAAUGCAGUAAAACCAACAAAAACAAACUGAAAGAAAACAAGAAAAAAUGUAUAGUUUAUACUCUUAUUUUGCUGUCACAUAUUUUAAAACAAAAAAAGGAACAAAACAAAAAAAAAUCAACCAUGUGUGAAAACCUAUAAAGAUAGGAAAUGGGGUUUAUAUUUUUAUGACUGAGGUGCUUGAAUGUUCAAACACAAGAUUUGUAGUUUUGUGACCAGUGCAUUUGUUGGCAUAUGUAAUACUGCUUGCUCAGAUUUCAAACACUACUAUUUGAUAUUGAUGUUGGGCCAAAUUUAUCCUGUAACUCUUUCUUCAUAUACAAUCUACACUUUCUCUUCACAGUUUUGGCAUUUUGACGUGCCCUGUAAGACAUGCACCAGCCUUUUCAUCACUGUGCUGUAAAAUAUUGCAAAAUCCUUUCCAAAUUUUGUCCUGUUAAGUGCUCAUUAUUGGCUCAUAUACUGUCAACGGUUUGGGGAGAGAAAGAAAAUCUUUCUUGAAGUAGAAGAGCAUUUAUUGUCCCUUCCGUGUCAUACUGCUUUAGUUUUAAGUCUUAUCUAUUUAACUGUGUAGGUGAGAUGAAUGAGCAGCCUCUUCCUCUUAAAUUAAGUUAUUGUUUCUCUUUGUUCUUAAUUUGAGUUAAUAAUUACUUGGUAGUGUUUGUUUGUUUGUUUGUAUGUUUCUCAUGUAUUAUCCAAUGUGAUGCUGAACAAAGGGAAAAUCUUCAAAUCAAAUUAUCAUUUUUUUGUUGUGUGCUGUGUUGGAGUAUAUUGAUGUAGCCUGUGCUUGUGUAGAAGUUAGACGCGGAUUAAUCACCAGAGCGGGAUUAUGCUGCAUUAGGAAACUGUGUGGAAUUAUUUUUAUUUUUAUCUAGCAAUUCAAAUCUGAAUUGAGUCAGAGAUGCAACAAUGAGUAAACAGACAAGCAAUGGCUGUGAUGUAGUUAUAGUUUACAAGUAACCAUGAAAUAGGUUGAAAUCAGAUAUGAAGAUGUGAGGUAUUGUGUAUUGUGAAACUUCUUGAUUCUGCCAUUAAUUCUCACCAGAAGAGUACCCUGAAUUUAUUCUAACUGAGGUGAUUGAAUGUUUAUUUCUGAUUUUCCUUUUGUGAAUAAGAAGUCUCAUUUAUUCUGUGUGUGGUAGCAUUGAAAUGUAAAUGACUAGUCAAAUGUAAAUUACUUAGUAGCAGUGAUACCACUGUGAUUUUUUUGUUGUUGUAGUUUUUCCUUUAGUACAAC